AUAAGGCUCUGACCUUCUCCCUCUGUCCACCUGCAUUCCUCCAGCUGAUGAAACAAAUACUUCACCCUGCUCUAAGAUCCAACGGUGCAAUGGCAUUGUUCCCAGUGAUCCUCUUCCUGGUCGCUGUACUGCUUCCAUCUCUCCCUGUAAAUGGGAAUGAGGAUCCAGCGUUUGCUGUUUUGUCAACCACCCUUCCGCAAGUCCAAGAGGAGAUUGUAAAUAAACACAAUGAGCUGAGGAGAGCAGUGUCGCCAAGUGCCAGUGACAUGCUGAAGAUGAAAUGGAGCAGUGCAGCAGCAGAGAACGCGCAAGCCUGGGCGAGCAAGUGCACGUACAGUCACAGUUCCAGUGAGGACCGAAAGCUCAAUGUAAGCUGUGGUGAGAAUCUCUUUAUGUCAACCGCUCCCUCUUCGUGGUCAUCUGCAAUCCAACAGUGGUACGACGAGAGCAAGAAUUUUGAGUACGGUGUAGGUCCACUGUCGCCCAAUGGAGUAGUAGGACACUAUACACAGGUUGUUUGGUACUCCUCUUUCUCCGUCGGAUGCGCCUAUGCCCAUUGUCCUAGCCAGUCACCUUUGGAAUACUUCAUGGUUUGCCAGUACUGUCCCGCUGGUAAUAAUGUAGCAAAACUGUACACGCCUUACAAGCAAGGAACUCCCUGUGCCAGCUGCCCUGAUCACUGUGAGGACGGACUGUGCACCAAUAGUUGUGAUUACGGAGAUAAAUAUUCCAACUGUGAAAGUUUGAAGAAAGCGGUAACCUGUGAUCAUGAAAUGGUCAAGAACAAUUGCCAGGCCUCCUGCAACUGUGAAGGCAAAAUUUAUUAACUGCCAACGCCCAUGAGCUCACCUACGUGGAGGUGGGCCACGUCCUCUACUUAGAUUUGCUUUAUACUACUAGGAAAACAAUCCAUAGAGAAUCUACAUAUAUGAUUCCAAACAGUAGAGAAUCUUCUGGGUCUGCUUCUUAUUUUACAGAAAUCUGUUUUAUAAAGAGGGUUAAAAAGAAAAAAAAAAAAAAACUAUGAUAACUUUCAAUUUUGAUAUGUAAUCUUUUGUGAUUCAAAUUCAAUGAAUUUAAUCAAAUUGAGGAUUUUAAAAGUUGUGUUUUCCGGUGACUAGGGUCAUGGGAACUCUGGACAGGAAUUGAGAAUCAUAUUAUGAGAACUAAGAUUACUAAGAUAAAACAACUAAUCAUAUCCUUGUCACGUGAAUUUUGGGCUAUAGUGUUUUUGCGUAGCCCCGCCUAGUAAAGCAUCUCCAAAGCAGUGUUCACAUGUGCUGGCUUAAACUCCUCUUCACCACACCCUUCCUUCCCAGGCUUGGAAUUUAUCCUUGCUAUUAGCUUACGGCUGUGAUUCUUAAAGAAAUACCGGCUUUCAUUGUGUCAAAAUCAAUGGAGACUUCCGUCAUUCAUCUGUACAAAUUUCACAGAGCAUAUGAUCACAGCUUCCCUUUGAAAUCUUUCUUCCUUAACUCUUCCUUAGUAAAGAAUUCAAAAUAGUACAUGUAUGGACUCUCCCUCAAGAUGCGAAAGCUCAGCUCAGCCCGGCUGUUCCUAUCAGCAUGCUUUUGAGUCUGCACUGAACUUAGUGACUGACUUUCAACAGUAGACAUUGGAAAGGCAAAAACAAAUAGUCAUUUUGGAGAAAGAUAACGUGUACAAUCUUAGCCAAGUAAUCCCAGUUCUAGUCUUUUUCAUUAAGAUUUUAAUUGUUCUCUUUGGAAAUAACAUUUUUUAAAAAAUGUAACUUUUAGAGUUCAGUUUUCCUGUUCAGGGUGCAUGCACCCACAAUUUGGACAUCCUCUCAAUGUUAAUUUGAACUGAUGAUUUUUUAAAUGAUAUCUUUUAAUGUUUGUCAUGUCUUAUUAACCAUGUUGCAAUAGCAUUAAAUUUCUUAGCUCUCACAUCAUGAGUUUGUUCUAUUUAAUGUGUAUCUCAAUUAAUUCCCAAUAAAAAAACUGUAGAAAAUGAC